UUUUUACUUUUGUUUUAGGUGAAAGGAAAUUAAGUUGUACAAGUGCAACAUAUGUAUAAUAUAAUUUUGUCUCCCUUGAAUACAGCUAGGAUGGAUUUGAUGUUGAUUUUUAGUAUCAAUUAUUAUUGCGUGAUUUUUGUUUUUAAUUUUUUUAUGCACUUUCAUUUUGAGUUAUUGUUGGGGUUCUUUUAUUAAUUAAUAAUGCCUGGCCUAUCGUGGAUAUCAAUAAUUAAAAAAAGCUCUAUUCUUUUCCAAUUAUAAUACCAUUGAAUGAUAAACUUAGACUUUUUGAUAUAAUUGACCAAUCUUUUACAUAGUCAUAAGUUUUUUUUUGUUAUAGGAAGAAUCUAUGACACAAUCGAAAUAUGUUGGAACAUAGCUUUGAAGUUGUCGUUUUUGCUCCGAAGUUGUGUGCCAUUUCGCAGUUUUGCAAGCUAAGCAAUGUCACGUCCAAACUAUUCUCAAAGGAUUGCUUCUACAUUUCACUCUUCAGACCGAUCUCUUGCUAGCUUAUUGUAGAUUGCGCCUUCUCUGUUAUGCACGGAGGGUGUUCGACACAAUAACCAUAAGAAACAUGCAUUCAUGGAACAUCAUGAUUGCCUCGUAUAAUGAAGCUUCCUUGUAUUCCAAUGCUUCAGCUAUUUUUGGCGAGUUCAAGCGCUGUAAUCUCGGCCUAGAUCAUUAUACAUUGCCUCAGCUUUUUAAGGCUUGUGUAGGAGUAGGUGAUUAUUGUUUUGGUAAGGUGUGUCAUGGUUGGGUGAUAAGACUUGGCUAUAAAAGGUAUGUUGUUGUGGCUAGUUCUUUGUUCGAGUUUUAUGUGAAAUGCAGAGGGAUAACAAACGCAUACUUGGUGUUUUCCAAGAUGCUUUGUAGGGACUUUGUGGCAUGGAAUUUGAUGAUUUCGGGGUUUCUAAGGGUUGAAUUAUAUUUGCGUGUUAUCCAUUGUUUCAGAAAAAUGCUGCUUGCAAAUGGGGGGAAGAUGGAUUCCAUGUCUAUUCCUAGCGUUUUGAUUGCUUGUGGGAGGGAAGGAGACUUGAUGAAAGGCAAAGAAGUUCACUGCUACGUUGUUAAGAACUUCGAGUUUGAUGUGGAUGCUCCCGUUGGUAAUGCCUUAAUAGACAUGUAUGGGAAAUGUGGAUGCUUGAAUGAUUCAGAGAAAGUUUUCAGGACAAUGCGCCACAUGAACGUGGUUACGUGGACUACCAUGAUAUCGUGUUAUGGGAUGUACGGAAAUGGAGAGGAAGUUAGGAAGCACUCUUGCUGUUUCAGAAGAUGGUUAAUGGAGGAAUUACACCAAAUUCUGUCACACUUACAGCAGCCUUAGCCAGAGUUGUAGCCACUCUGUUCUGAUUGAACACCAUGCAUGUAUGGUGGAUCUUUUGAGCCGCUCUGGGUAUCUUGUUGAAGCACUUGAGUUGUUGAAGAGCAUGAAAUCAUUAGGAACAGGAAACAUCUGGGGUGCCUUUCUUGC